AUGUCAGUGCUCCGUUUAUUGAAACUAUUGCCGGCUAGUUGUGCGGUGAGGAACUCGGUAGCUCUUACCAGCGGUCCUCUCUCUCCCUCUACACUAAAGCAACGUCUACGCAAUUUUGCUGAUACUCCUAAAAGAGAUCCUACCAGGAAAGUCAUGGCGCACGGCACAGAAGACGAAGUGCGCGUGAGGGUGAGACGAGCCCGGCCCGCCGACGUCUCCCGGGUGACUCGCUUCGUGCGGGAGAACGCGUGCCUCGCGUGGCCCGGUCUGGUCAACGGCUCGGAGACGCCCAACCUUAUCAUCCUCUCCGACUACGUUGCUAGAAUGUUGGCUCAAGGUCACACUAUGCUGGCUGAGCAACAGGCGGACAAACGGGGCUGGUCGCAGAUCCGGGGGCUGGCGCUCAGCUCCUCCACCUGCUCGUGGGACGCCCAGCUGCUGGAGAAGUGGGCGCAGUGCAUGCGCUGCCCGAAGACUAGGAAACUGAUGCUGUUCUCCGCGCACUGCUUGCAAGCUCCCGACCUGCACGAUAAAUACAAAGUCCAUAAAGUUUUACAGGUAGUUUUGAUGGUUCCUCUCGAUGCACCAAAAAGCUCAGAAAUAGUUCAGAUGCUCGUCCGGAACUCGAUUCAGCGCGGUCGGGAAAUGGGGUUUUCUCUUUUGCGGUUUGACGUCACUGAAUAUUCAAUAGCAAAAGCACUAGAAGAUCUACAAUUGAAAAAAGAAUAUGAACUCAAUUACGAAGUCUUACCCGACGUUAUAAAGAUAUACUCCACCGAUAACAAGGAAGACACCAUACAACCCAAUGGAAAAAUAUUAACAGUAUACACAUUUUCUUUAACAGACAAAGAAAAUUGAAAAUAAUUGAAAGAAAUAUCUACAAUUAGAAAAAAAUAUUGGAGAAACAACGAAAAUAAAAAUGGACUUGCAAGAAAAUUUACAUCGAAAAUCGCUCGUAAAUAAGAAGGUUAAAAUAAAAAUCAAAUGCCUAUGGAAAUAUUCAAUCGACGAGAGUAACUAAUUAAUAAAAUAUAAUAUAAUUAGUUAAUGGUGACAGCUGUUAAUAAACCGUAAUAAACUAUAACAUGUUUUAUUUAAUCUAGUAUAUAAAAAAAAUUCUACCUCGUCAAUAAAGACGAGUAGGUACAAAUUCUAUGUACAAAAUCUAGUGUAAAAACAAGGAAGCAGCCUAAAAAAUAUUUAUGGAUGUACCUAUCUAUAAAAAAAAUUGGUAUAAUAUGGAUAUUUCUUAAAGCGUGAAUGUCAUGUAGCAGUAUUCUCUUAAGACCCUAUUAUCUCUUGGCCGAAUGAAUGGGCAGAGUGUAGAGGAUCUUAGAUUAAAAUAAUUAAAGCACAAAUUUUCUUUUCACUAGACGUAAUAAAUAUUAUAAAGCCAUGCCUAAUUACAGCUUUCUAGUCUUGACAGACUCUGAAUUAUCGUUCUAACAACUUUAUCUAAUUAAUUAACAACGGAAUUUGUAUGCAAUUUUCGCGCCCCAAGUAGCUAUUUUUUUAAGUUGGUCCAUCUAUAGGUCUAUCGGGUAUAACUCUUUUAUAUGGCAACCACGUCAAUUAAAUUAAAGUAAAGCUCAUCAGAAUUUGUUAUCCAUUUGACUAAAUAUUUCAAUAUCUUUAUCGAAGUUGCUCUCUAUGAGUUCAAAAAAAUAAUUGAAAUAAUAAUUGUGAACACAUUUGUGGAUUGAUUCAGUCUAUCUAAUUACAAAAGUACU